GAUGUCUUCUCCAGUAGGUAUCAGCUAUUGUAUCCAUGCACUCUGAAGCAUAAACUCGCAGUUAUGUCAGAAUGAAGGCACUGUUCUGCCUGUAUACCCAAAAUGGCAGCAACUGCCAAAACGAGCACUUACAGGCUUCCAUGGUGCCUUCCUAUAACGGACUGCCUUUCGUUGGCAGAAUUCAGUCUCUCUUCACCCUCUUCCAUCUUCUCUGUUCAUUUGACCAUCACCAACUACCGCCUUCAACAUUUUUUCUAUCUUCUAUUCAUCUCAAAUCGUCCAUAUGGAUCCAGCCGAGUACGAUCUAAUCCACAAGUGGGUGGCAGAAACAAAGAAAGCAUCUGGAAGAUGUCGUGGGAAGGCAGCUGAAGCCUUUCACCCCCCAGACAACCAAGGUCUUUUCAACGCUCCAGGCACUCUAUUCGAGUCUAUCAGAUCAGCCACAGAAAGACAGGGAAUCGAAGGCACUCAGACAGCUUACCCAUCUGAGCUGCCACACCAAGGGCAACCAGUUGAGCCUACCAGCUCCGUCAGCCAAGAAAGACAUGGAUAUGAGCGCAGACCUCGACACAAAACCAGACACGAUCGCUAUGAAUACAAAGACCCAGUGUACCGUGCAAAGGUUUCAAAGAAGGAAAAUCAAAAGGCCUCUCAGCGAGCCAGAAAGCAUACGAUCAAUGAUAUUUUCCAUGCCUCUAAUGUAACGCAGGAUAGACUCACGCUCCAUUCUCAUAUGAACCUGGGGAUCUUCCAAAAGGGCAAGACUUCCGCUCCAGUCAACUCGCGCGAGUUACCCGACCUUGCCUUUUCGGAGAUGAACUUCCUAUCCAAAAGAUCACAACGCAAUCAUGAAGAGUCGUUUACGAAUGCUCACAAUGAGAUAAAUCAGUCGCAAAACAUGUAUGAGGACCAUCGAAAGGAAAUUCCCGAGUUCUUCUCAGACCGGUUUUGUGAACAGACUGACUUGAGCUACAUGGAAAAAGUCGACAACUCACCAGGCACAAUGAACCCAGACCCGCAACAAGGUUGUUCGUCAGGUAUUGACUAUCAUUCAUAUCCGAACUACCUCGGAAAUCAAACACAUUUCAAUCCUUUGCUUUCCCAAUCCGAUCACGAUCAUAGUCACCAGCUCAAACAUGAGGGAAGCAUAUGUGGAUCAUCGCCCACUACUACUCCAUACAGUAGUGAACAUGAAGACUCAGGCAUUGAACCAUCUAUCGAGAUGUAUGUGACUGGGCUUUUGUUGGCUAAUACCGACCGGGGGGAUAAAUAUGUGAACUCUGAGCCAAACUGGAAAUACUUUGAUCUUGAAGAGUUAAAAUGUCUCCUUGAAGAGAGGGAAAAACAUGCGAAGCCUUCCAGUCGCAAACGAAGUCCACCAAAAAGAUUAGGCACGAGAUAUUCCCCCAUAAGGGAGAGGCGCCUGGAGAACAGGAGAAGACUAGUGAAGAACAUUCGCCACAGAGAAAAGGAUAUCAGUGAUCACAUCGCUCAUGCAGAACUCUCGCGAUCUACGCCAUCCAACAUCUCCGGUGGCAAUUUCGCUUUCGACAUUACACCACAGCAUAACAAUUUGCAAGUAUCUCUAACUCUACCUGAAAUAGCUGUUCCUGAGCAGGGAAGCGCAAUCAUCCCACAAAAUCUCGGAAUCGCACCUUCGUUAGGCAGCCUAGCACAGCUAGACUACCCUGGACAGAAUCAGGGUUACAAUCCCCUCUCUUCUGAUCCUUUGACUCAGGUACCUGACCUCAAGAGGAAUGCAGAAAACCUAACAUCUACGGGAGGAUGUGAUAUGAGGCAAUCUAAUACGCUGCUACCGUCUUGUCCGAAUAACCAGGCCAGCGAAGAGCUGCUCAUGCAAACCCUCGACGCAGCAUACAAUGUGAUUAUGGACUCAAAGAGUUCAAUGUGCGAGUCACCAAAGCAUUCUAUUGCCAAUGGUUCAUUGCUAGGUAGCAAUGACGGUAUCCUAAUGUCGCCCAAUGAUUACCAGGAUUAUACUAGUUCGCCAUUUACGGCGUCUUUUCGCUACCUCUCAAAUCCUGAAGGUCACCGACAGCAGAAUACCCUGCUGCCAUAUGGCUUGGGCAACGGAAACAUCCGCCAAAAUAUCACUCAAAGUCCUCAAUACGCCCAUCAGUAUUUAUCGUCAGGGUUUCAGCCUGGAGAAAGUCUACAGUUAGGCAACCCUCUGACGUGGCAGCAACACAACCAGCCUGCAGGCAUGGAUCUUGGAGUGAAUGUCUCCCCUUUCGGAGAACUGCCGGGCUUUUGGAGACAGAAUAAGCUAUAUUGAUAUUUCUUGAUUUUGAAGUUCUGUAUAAUCGUUUUUGUACGAUUCGGUUCAAGUUUGUUCUGGAUAUUAUGUGACAGUUAUUUGAUGUAUGUUAGCGAGAUUUAGAAAAAUUCAUAUCAUUUAUCCAGA